UUUUAGCUCCGUGAGGCCCCAGGAGCAGCGGCAGGAUGUCAGCUCAGGCCCAGAUGCGAGCGCUGCUGGAUCAGCUCAUGGGCACAUCCCGGGACGGGGAUGAGACUAGGCAGAGGGUGAAGUUUACAGAUGAUCGGGUCUGCAAAAGUCAUCUUCUGGAUUGCUGCCCUCAUGACAUUCUUGCCGGAACCCGCAUGGAUUUGGGGGAAUGCACCAAGAUUCACGACUUGGCAUUGAGAGCAGAUUACGAAAUUGCCAGUAAAGACAAAGACUUGUUCUUUGAGCUUGAUGCUAUGGAUCAUCUAGAGUCCUUUAUUGCUGAGUGUGACCGGAGAACUGAUAUCGCCAAGAAACGUCUGUCAGACACCCAGGAGGAGAUAAGCGCAGAAGUUGCUGCUAAGGCUGAAAAAGUUCAUGAGCUGAAUGAGGAGAUUGGAAAACUUCUGGCAAAGGCUGAGCAGCUGGGUGCUGAAGGGAACGUGGAUGAGUCUCAGAGAAUUCUCAUGGAAAUGGAGAAAGUGAAAGCCAGAAAAAGAGAAGCGGAGGACGAGUUGCGAAAUUCUAUGCCAGCUUCCAGUUUCCAGCAGCAGAAGCUGCGAGUGUGUGAGGUCUGCUCUGCCUACCUCGGUCUCCAUGACAACGACCGCCGGCUGGCUGAUCACUUUGGUGGUUUAACAAAGCCUUUGGACAUUUCACUUGUCUGGAACAAAUACAAUCCCAUGCAAUAUAACCAGAAGACUCACCCUGCCUGCACCCAGAAACAUGCUACAAGACGGGCUACAGUUACAUUCUCAGCUACAGGAUACCCGAUACGUCAGUAUAGAUUCCUCGCUCUGCGGGAGGCACUGCCUGGUGGGACACUUAUGCGCUCCACCUGCUGA